CUUUUCUUUACUCGUCUGAGGUCAUCGUCUCCAAUUGAAUCACAAAGGACAGCUCGCCUCGACGCCUCGUUCUUGUCUGUCUCUCCUUGCCCUCUUUAUCUUAUCCUCGUUCUUUUUUUACUCCUCCUCUUAUCUUGUCUAGGUCGUUUGUAGAGCUUCUCAAUCACCGUUUGCUACCACCUAUCGUCUUUUGGUCGAGUCCAAUCAAACAAACGCCCUCUCGUUUCGGUUCAAACUCCCGAAAGCUUCACCAAACAGCUCGCCUGUUUGACGUCUCUACUCUUUUCUCAUCCUCCUCACGACAGCCACUCAUCGGCGACGUCUUCUCCUCAACAUUGUCGUGCUUUCUCAUCUUCAUCAUCUAGUCAGCAGGUCUGCACGUGAAACAAGCUUCCUUCGAAACCGAACCUCAGCGCUACAGCAAUGUCCAACCGAUUCAACUCUGGCUACGGCCUCGGUGGCCCCGCGCCCUACGGCGGAUCCCAGGCUGCUGAACCUCAGCAGGGUGAGGGCUUUCUCGAGCAAAUUCGACCCUAUACCAGCAAGAUUGAGGAUGCGCUCGACACCAUCAGCGAGCCUGUGAAGCCCUAUCUCCCUGCCAUUGGCCGUUUCCUGAUCGUUGUUACCUUCUUUGAAGACGCUCUCCGUAUCGUCACUCAAUGGUCCGAUCAGCUUCUUUACCUGAAGGACUACCGCCACAUUCCUUCCGGUAUCACCCACCUGUUCCUCCUUGUCAACAUCAUUGCCAUGUUCUCUUGCUCCACUCUGGUCAUCAUCCGAAAGCACUCCGACUACGCCGUCGCCGGUCUCAUGGGCGUUGUCGUCACUCAGGCUCUUGGCUACGGUCUCAUCUUCGAUCUCAACUUCUUCCUCCGAAACCUGUCUGUCAUCGGUGGCCUGGUCAUGGUCCUGUCUGAUUCGUGGGUUCGCAAGACUCAGGUCUUUGCAGGUCUUCCCCAGAUCGACGAGAAGGAUCGCAAGAUGUACUUCCAGCUGGCUGGCCGUGUCCUCCUGAUCUUCCUCUUCAUCGGAUUUGUCUUCAGUGGCGAGUGGUCGCUCUGGCGCGUCAUUGUCUCGUCUCUUGGCGGCAUCUCCUGCGUCAUGGUUGUCGUUGGAUUCAAGGCCAAGUACAGCGCCACUCUGCUCGUUGUCAUCCUGAGCAUCUUCAACUUGUUGGUCAACAACUUCUGGACUCUUCACGAGCACCACCCCCACAAGGACUUUGCCAAGUACGACUUCUUCCAGAUCCUGUCCAUCGUCGGUGGACUCCUGCUCCUCGUCAACAGCGGCCCAGGCCAGUUCAGCAUUGACGAGAAGAAGAAGGUCUACUAAGCCCGCGACCAAGACAAGCGCGCUACGUCCAGUAAAGGAUGGGCAUCGAGGUGUCCGGCGUUGGCAGGGCAUUUUCUAUUUACAAUUUUGGGAAAGGAUAACGAUCCGAAGAAAAGUUACGCUCGAGCUGAAAUGGCAGCGGAACGAGUUAAGUUACAUAUGGUGGCUGGGGUAGCAGCAACGGGAUUGAUAUGAUCUGAUGGUAUUAAAAUCUGCUUUCGCAGCACAUUAACGGCAAUGAAUACAUGGAUGAUCUUA